GCAACUCCAGACACAUGUUUCUUUCCAUUCUACAGUCCCUCCAGUGCGAGUACAUACGCAGCGUUCCAGUCUUGUUUCAAUAGUCCCUCUGUAUAAUAUUCGUCUCUAUGCCGUCUACGCCGAACGACUAUCCGCAGUUCCCCACCGAAGCAGAGCUCUUCUACUUGUGCACAACAUCUUCCACAUCCGAGGACGAUCUCGAGUUGCAUCACACUUCCCCUUCGAAAUCUUCCCUGAAGGUUGGAGUCUUGAUCCUGGGCCAUGAUCAACAUCAGUUGCUCGACCUGGCAGCCAUUGACCUCCUUACAAUGGUGAGCCGGAACUGCAUUAGCAAGAUGAGUGCCUCAACAAGCGUCUUGGAAGCUUCUGUAGACGAGAUGGACAUUCGCUAUAUCAGCGAGAGCGGAGAGGGCUCGUUUUCAGUCACCUCUGGCGCUCGCAUGCCAGUAACGAACUCCUUCGAAGAUGCUCCGCCGCUCGAUAUUUUGCUCAUUCCGGGAACUUUAUCUGCGGCCGAGCUGCCGCUAUCAGCCGCUAUGUUCAUCAGAGGUCGAAUCCUCAGCAACAACACGAUUGCGGUCUUCAGCAUCGCAUCCGGGAUCCUCCCACUCAUUCAAUCUGGCGUUCUUCACGGCAAAAAAGCCACAGGACCUUCCUUUCUCCUCCCCGCCCUCCAGAGACGAUUUCCGGAGACCACAUGGCAAGAGACUCAAUGGGCGCGCCAUGAGAACAUCUGGACCAGUUCGUCUCCCCUGGCCGCCAUCGACAUGCUGGCUACGUGGAUACGCCAGUACUUUUGGGACCGCAGAGAAGCGGUCGAAUGUGCACUGAGAGCUGCUGGCGUCUCCUCCUCCUAACGAUGCUUACGAAUUCGCAUUUUUCGGCGUUGGUACCUUUCUCUGCUCCGCUAUAUACCCCGCUCUGGCGCGAAUCAGGCAUUGCGGUUCACGGCAUGUUGUACUAUAUUUCUAUAACAA